CAUUUCCGGCGGCUGCCUCUCUUUCUCCUCUCGUUCAUAUGCAGCUGCGCCAUCUCCCCAUUGUCCGUUGACGGAAGGUAACAUCACCGCCACCGAACCUCCACUGGACUAAAUUAUCACGACGCUGUUGAUCACGAGGACUAUUGUUCGCUUUUUUGCUGCUGUCUUGAGUUGCACGAAGCCUCAGCACGGCGAGCGACGCUGCGUUUGUUCCAUCCAGUGGCGUUAGCGAGGUUUGAGCUUAGCAAGUGCUAACAAAGAGGCCAAUUGAAGUCCGCCAUCGUGUGAGACCUGGUUACGAGGAAAGCAAAAUGGAAGACACAAAAUACCUACCGGAGCUCCUGGCCGAGAAGGACAGCUUGGAUUCAUCUUUCACCCACGCCAUGAAGCUUAUUUCUGCUGAGAUUGACAGGAUCCAAAAAGGUGAACCUAAGAAAGAACAAGACAAAGAGAAAUACUUGGACCUCUUUGCUACAAAAACUCUGCAGCUCAAAGAGCGUGUACUUAUACCAUCCAAGCAGUAUCCCAGGGUCAACUUUGUCGGCAAGCUAUUGGGGCCACAGGGUAGUACCAUCAAGAGGCUACAAGAGGAAACUGGUGCAAAAAUUUCAGUUUUGGGAAAAGGUUCCAUGAGGGAUAAGACUAAGGAGGAAGCGCUACGUAAUGGCGGUGAAGCAAAGUAUGCUCACCUUGCAUUGGAGUUGCACGUUUUCAUUGAAGUGAUGGCGCCCAUCCCAGACGCCUACCUUCGCAUGGCUCAUGCGAUGGAUGAGGUCAAAAAGUUCCUGAUCCCAGAACCUGGUGAGUAUGACCCAUAUAUGGACCCCCAUUUCCUGAAUGGCUCUCACGACGGUUCAGCCAGGGGACGUGGCGGGCCUAUGGGAAGAGGCCGAGGUGUACCACCAGGUCCCGGGCCGAGAGGGCGUGGACUUCCCCGCGGUGGUCCUCGUGGGGCCAUGCGCGGUGGCGGCCCACGAGGAGGAGUAAGCCGGGGCAAUUCUCGAGGCGUGCCAGCUGGUAGAGGUGGACCCACGACUCCCACUCGAGGAGGUUCCUCCUCACGGUCCAGACCCCCUGCUACCGGGGCACCGAGGAUGCUCCCCGCCGCUGCCCUUUCACACCAGCAAGUCCCCCCGUCGGGCUCCCAAUCCAAACCUGAGUCCUAUGAAGACUAUCCUGCUUAUGAGGAUUCAUAUGCAGAGCCAGCCUAUGAGGGAUAUGAAAAUUAUUAUAGCCAACAACCUUUACCCACGGAUACUGAGUAUUAUGACUACGGUCAUGGAGAGCCCCAGGAAGCCGCCUAUGAGCAAUAUUCUCAGGAGGACUGGGAGAGCACAUGGGCCGCCUCUGCAGCCGGAGGCAAGGCUGCUCCGGCGAGGCAGGCAAGAGGAGCCUAUCGAGAGCAUCCCUAUGGAAGAUUCUGAACAGCUACCGGUAGAAGGUUGCCACGGCAACUGCCUUCGAUUGUAACUCACUUAACGUUUCAAAAGUAAUUUCCAUGGUUUUUCCCUUCUCUUUUUAUGGUUUAGUUUUAAUAGUUUCUCAUUUUUAGCACAGAUUUUGUUGCACGUGUUCAAUUUUCCGGGAGUAAAAAGUGUGGUUUCGUAGUAACUGUUAAAAUUAGUAGUUGGCGGUUCCAUCGUGACAAACCUCCGAGGCAUUCAUAUUUUAGCAAUAUUUACUGGUUAUGUUUUAAUUAUCAUAACAAAAUUAUCGUGGCAAAAGAAAUCUAGCUUCCAUAUCUAGUUCUUACAAACGGAACAAAAGAGCUUAGUUAAUUUGAAGUCUAAAAAAAAUUGUUUUAUGGUCCAACACGAAUCUUAUAUAAGAGUUUUUGUCUUCUAAUAGGUCAAUCAUAUCUUAUUGUAAUAAAAUACAACAAAAGGAAAAAAAAUAUGCUUGAUAAUAUGAUUUGUCACAAUUAACUCUCAAAAAUACUGAAAGCCAACCAAUUCUCAAUGUGUGUGCCAGGUGGCUGCAGCCUUCUCAAUAGUUUGUACAUAACUGUAGGACAACUGUGUAUAUUGUAAGACACGUAAAAAAAAAAAAAUGCUUAAUUGUGUACGUUUGGCUAAAUAGAAUUCUAAACGCGUUUAUCCAAAUGUCUUUCUGCAUUGCGUUGUUUUAAUAAAGUUUCUAGUUUUGAGUUUAAACUUGAUUUAAAAGUGGUAUUUUGCCUUUGUUUGUACCAAAAAAAAAAAAAAGAAAAGAUUUCCCUUGGUGAACAUGUAAAAAUGUAUUUGACGCUGAACAAGCUACCUGUGUACUGUCAGUAAGAUUUUUCUUUAAAGCAAAACAAAACAGUGUAUGGACUUUGAACUAAGUAUUGUUUUUCCAAAUUUCCUAAACUAUACUUGUAAUGUCACUGACAAUAAUAAAGUUCAUCAUUCCACGAGGUACGGUCUGCCAAAUAGAAGUUGGAUUUGAUGAUCUCCUGCUUGAAUAUGCAUUGUCGUCAACCUUUAGUGUAUCUGCAAUCCUAGAAGGCGUCAGCCACUUGAAGUAACAACAAUAUUUCAAACCAAGCUUGCAGGGGUCUUGACUUUGAAGCAAAGUCAUGCUGGCUGCUUUUUUAUAAAAGACAAAAAUCGCUGAGGGGAGGAUUCUAAAAGCCAAAAGAUCGCCACAUGAAGGUAAAACUAACCAACUCUCAUCUAUUAGAUUUUUGUUUUAUUUUGUGACCAAGUAUAAGGUAAUUAAAAAAAAAAGUGCAAAAUGGUAUCAGCUGUUCCGAGCAAAAUAAGCCGUACAAAAAUAGAUCAGAAAUUGUGAUGCAACUCUUGCUCAAAUAAAAAUAAGUCGUAACUUAAUGCAAUACCUUGACAAUUUUUGGAGAUUGGUGAUGAAUGAAAAUUCAUUUCAUAAUAUAUCACCUAACAAUACUUGUGAUUAGUAAUAUCCCAAUAAUGAAAAUAAAAAAACAUGUUUGAGUUGCUUAAAUCUUUAGAUCAUGUUAGAUUUGCAUGUUUGCCCGUGUGAGUACGAAUCCAUGUUCAGUGUGCGUAUUUGUGCUGCUAAGAACUCAUUUUGUCUUCCUUUUUAGGUGUUAAGUGACAUGUCUCAAUGCUGGAGACAAAACUGCUUCCAAGAUCCCUAAGCAAUCACGGUCAUUCAAGUGUCCUUUUGAAAGGCGGGAGAAACUUUGUAGCAGUCAAGGCUGCUUUGUCGUCACUCAACCCGCACUUUGCUUUGCAGAAUGUUUUCUGAGGAGACAAGUCAUCUUUCCUCUAUGAGGAUUUUUUCAAUAUCUAUAAAAAAAUUUACCCAGUUCAGUCUAAACUUGCAAUGUUAAUGUUGACUUGAAUAAAAUAUAUUUAUUGGAAUUAA